CGCGGCGGCGGCGGCGGCGGCGGGGCGGGCGCACGGACCGCGCUGCCGAGGACGGGCACCGGACGGGAUGCCGGCGGCCGGGACGCCCUGAAGCAGCGCCAGCAUGUCCCGCAAGAAGAGCCCCAAGGCCAAGGGCGGCAGCGCCGCGCCCUCCUCCGCCCUGCCCGCCGCCCAGCAACGCGCCGCCGCCGCCGCCGCCGCCUCGUCGGGCGGGCCGGGCAGGGGCUCGGGCGCGGCCCAGGAGGGGGCGGCCAACGGGGUCGCGCUGCCCAGCCGGCCCUCGCUCAGCAGCAGCGGCGAGUUCCACGACGUCGCCUUCAAGGUGAUGCUCGUUGGUGACUCCGGAGUCGGCAAGACCUGUUUGCUGGUGCGCUUCAAGGACGGCGCUUUCUUGGCUGGGAGCUUCAUUUCGACGGUGGGGAUCGAUUUCCGGAAUAAAGUCUUGAAUGUGGAUGGCGUCAAAGUAAAACUGCAGAUUUGGGACACGGCUGGACAGGAGAGGUUCCGCAGUGUCACCCAUGCUUACUACCGGGAUGCCCACGCUUUGCUGCUCCUCUAUGAUGUCACAAACCGAGCAUCCUUUGACAACAUCCAGGCUUGGCUGACAGAAAUCCAUGAAUAUGCAAAGCAAGACGUGGUCCUUAUGUUGCUGGGAAACAAGGUGGAUUCAACCCAGGACCGAGUGGUGAAAAGAGAAGAUGGGGAGAAAUUAGCAAAGGAAUAUGGGGUGCCCUUUAUGGAGACCAGCGCCAAGAGCGGAUUGAAUGUGGACUUAGCGUUCAUGGCCAUCGCCAAGGAGCUGAAACACCGGUCCAUGAAGCUGCCCAACGAGCCCCGGUUCAGACUGCACGACUACGUCCGGAAGGAGGUGAAAGGCACUGGCUGCUGCCACUCAUAGACUCUCUCUCUCUCUCUCUCAGGGGUCCCAUCCAGACCCCCACCCCCCCUUCAAGGAGACUUGCCACAAGCAGUCCACCCUGCCUGCUGCAUCUGUGUCUGCCACUCUCGUUCUCCUCCUUCCUGCUGCACAAGCUCUACAAAUCUCUUCCUUGUGUCUUGUUGUCUUUGUCCAGGUGAAACUUGGAAGGAUAAAUGGGGUGGGGGGACGGGCAGCUUCUUUUCCUUCCCCGGGGGCAGGCAGGUGGUUUUCCAAAAGAGAGCCGGGUUAGAAGCAGCAGCAACGGACAAUCUGAAUUAUGGACAGGGGCUUUUGGCGGUAGGGGAGGGAGGGGGUGGUGUGGUUUCCACAAUCUCAGUGUCAAUGUCCUGCAUGAGUGCCCCCAAAGGGAGUGGGGUCACAGGGGAGCCUCCCCUAAGUCAGAGAUCUUCAAACUUGGCAGCUUUAAGACUUGUGGAGUUGAAGUCCACAAGUCUUAAAGCUGCCAGGUUUGGGGACCCCUGCCCCAAGUCCUUGCCAGGGAAGAGUCCAGUUGCCAUGGGUUGACUUAAUAUAGCGACUGUUUAUGUGGGACUUCAGCUCCACUUUCAUCAUUACUGCCUCAAUGAAUACCCAAACAUGGGGAUUUCCACUCUUUUAUUUAUUUUUUAAUAGAUCGAACUUAAAUGUUUGGUGUGUCCUAUUGCUGAUAAGUUUUUCGAACACAUUUUUUUCAAAACACCCAAACUCGGAUGACUAUUCUUUUGGCUGUCGUUUGCUAGCCAUCCUGCCUGCAGGGGCAGAAUAAAAUGUUCCCUCUGCUCUAGCUUUGGUUGUUGUGCUGCAGCUCUGGCAAUUUUUCCUGCGCAGUAGGGUGUGCCUUUUUUUGUGUAAAAGCGUAACACAAAGGGAGCAAUCUUACAUGAUCUGAAUAAGUUGGGUCCUUAAUGCCUUUCCAGUGGUUGAUCCCAAGUACGGUUGAUCUCCUUCCAGGAAAUUCUAUCCCCAUUGAAAAAAAAAUGUGGUUCUUUUUAUCAAUAUGGCCCUCUGCUCGGACAUUUGCACCCAUCCAAAGAAGGGGAGAGUGAUCCGGAGCCCCAAUGGGAAGUGGGAAAAACGUCUCUCCAGAUCAAGACUGGCAAAGUAGUCCAGCAGGCUUAAUUCUUGGGUCAGGCUGUUGGGACAAAGACAUAGCAGGUAGGAGCUGUGGUGGCGCGGUGGUUAGAAUGGAGCAUUGCUGGCUUACUCUGCCCACCAGCAGUUCGAUCCUGACCAAACUCAAGGUUGACUUCCAUCCUUCCAAAGUCAGUAAAAUCAGGACCCAGAUCGUUGGGGGCAAUAUAUUGACUCUGUAAGCUGCUUAGAAGAAGGCUGUAAAGCACUAUGGAGUGAUAUAUAAGUCUAAAUGCUAUUGCUCUCUCUCCAUCUAUCUCCUCCUCUCGCUGUGAUGGUUCAAUAGUUAGAAUGCAGUAUUGCAGGCUGGCUACUCACCGCCAGUUCGAUUCUGACUGACUCAAGGUUGGCUCAGCCUUCCAUCCUUCAGAGUUUGGCAAGAUGAGGACCCAGAUUGUUGGGGGAAAUAUGCUGACUCUGUAAACCACCUAAGAGUGCUGCAAAGCACAAUGAAGCAGUAAUGUAAGACUAAGCGCUAUUGCCAAGUCUUCCAGAAGGCAGGAAGUGUGUAGAACCUCCUGGGAUUGUGAUGACCACUCUACUCCUCCAAGUAUGCUUCAACAUUUUUACUUGGACCUGUGACUUGCUAGCAGAGGGCUCCUUGUUUGCACCAGCCUUCUCCAACCUGUGGCCCUCCAAGUGCGUAGGACUAACUCCUACCAUCCCACUAGCGCAGCCACGGUGGAAGUCCCACACACCUGGGAAGCUCCUACUGGUGUAGAGUUCCUUCAGGGAAGCUUCUGGCUCAAUUGUGCAAUUCAGGCAAGUCAGCAGCCCAACCUUAGCAGAAGGGGACAAGCAUAUCUUAUCAGCCUGUUUAUUUCAGGGUAUUGGGCAAUGUGGAUUAGGUGCUUUGUGAUACAUGUGCUAAAUUGCCAUUGGACUUUCCUUGUUAAAUGUCGUUUUUCCUUGUGCCCAGUAGAUGUUUUAAGUUCAAGAGUCCUUUACGCAAGACCCUAAAUUGGAUUAUUGUCACCAUUCUCCAAGGAAGAAAUCUAUCAAAAGGCAGCUUGCAUGUCGCAUGUCUGCAGUUCUUAGUGGCUUGUACAUUCACAAGCCGGGAGGAAACCGCGUGCAAUGCAGAACUGCAUUGCCUUAACUUCAAAGGCCCUGCAUUUGCGGCUUGGCUUUGGCAACCCGUCUGGCAAGCGAAUGGGCUGCCUUGGCCUGUUUCCUACCUGGCUUUGGUGCCAUGUAGCUGGAGGGGCGUCUUGAAAGUGUUAUUUAUGUACCAACUGUUGGCUCGUUUAUAGCUUUUUGGGGUUUCUCAUAAUAAACAAUUUUUUAACAAUGCUUGCUUCAAGGUCUAAAAGCAGGCCUCCUUCCUUAAAAAGGUCUUUCUUUCUUUGCCAGUACUGCCGCAUCCGUUCCGGUGAAAAUAAUGAUUCUGCCCGAUUUCCGAUCCCAAAGGCUCUUUCUACUAGGAACUUUAGCCUAAAGGUUGAUUUUACACUUAGUUUGGCUGAAAAAGUUGUCCACCGGGACAUCAGACUGAA